GUGCCUCCUUCCAAGAUGGCGGCGUCCAGCCGGCUCCUGCAGAUGCUGCUCGACGGCGCCGCCGGGCCGCUGUGGCGAGCGCAGCCCACGCUGCGUCGCUCGUUGCGGAGGGGCCUGUGCGAGCGCGCGGCCGGCGCGGAGCAAGCGCAGCAGGCGGAGGACGACGACGACGGCGACGCGAUGGGCCGCCAAGAUAGGACAAUGCAAGGAGAUUCAAGAGAUUUACUGAAGGAAUUUCCCCAGCCUAAAAAUUUGCUCAACAGCGUCAUCGGAAGAGCUCUUGGCAUUUCCCAUGCAAGAGACAAGCUGGUGUAUAUCCACACCAAUGGGCCACGGAAAAAGAAAGUCACGCUGCUCAUCAAGUGGCCAAAGAACGUGGAAGUGGAAGGCUACGGGACCAAAAAGAUCGACGCUGAGCGGCAGGCUGCAGCCGCUGCUUGCCAGCUCUUCAAGGGCUGGGGUCUGCUGGGUCCCCGAAAUGAGCUCUUUGAUGCCGCAAAGUACCGCAUCCUUGCUGAGCAGCUGGGCUGCCCCGAUGAGCGGUGGUACUCAGAGGGCAGCCGGUGGCGCUCCAAGUCCGGGCCGUCUCUGGCCGACCUCUCGACCUGCUGGAGGAGGAUGGAGCCUAGCGAGCCCAUCCAGUCCCUGGAGCACAACAGGCUCCCCAAACCCAUCCGGAAGGAGGAGCUGGAAGAAGGGGAGCUGGAAGAAGGGGAGCUGGAGGAAGGAGAGCUGGAGGAAGACACCAUCGACGUCUCCGAUUACCUGUCCAUGGCGCAUCCAGGGGCCCGCACCCCACCCAGAGACAUGAGGGACGGCUUCUCUCUCGAGAUGACAGAUGACAACACAGCCCUCCGGGCUCUGACCCAGUUUCCUCUGCCCAAGAACCUCCUGGCCCAGGUGAUCCAGAUUGCCACUUCUUCGUCCACAGUCAAGGAGUACAUGCAGUUCCGGACGGUGGGCACCAAGACCAAGAUCUGCAAACUGACCCUGCGCUGGCCCUGCCCCAUGACCUUCGCCGCCAAGGGGCGACGCAAGGUGGAGGCGGAGAACAAAGCGGCUGCUCUGGCCUGCCAGAAGCUGAAGAGCCUGGGCCUUGUGGACAAGAACAACAACCCCCUGAGCCACGCCAUGUACAACAUGACAUCCCUCCGGGAGCUGGGCGAGAACCAGCGGAAGCCCUGCCACAUCAAGGUCCCCGAGGCCACGCUGCGCAAGAUCGAGAACUACCUGAACCAUUACCCAGUGGACACCCAGGAAUCCAGGCCACGCCUGGCCGACGACAUGAUGAACUUGAGCAAGGAGUCGGGCACCCUCAGCGACGCCAUCACAGGCAAGAGUUACAUCCCCAUGUCGGAGUCGGAGGAAGUUCGCCACAGCCAGAACCUCCUGGCUCUCUGGAAGCGGAGGGGCAGCUCCUGGCAGGAGACCCAGCCUCUGCCCGUGGACUCGCACCGGGAAGCCAUCCUCUCGGUGGGUCCAGAGGGAGGCGAGGGAUCUUUGGGACCCCGCAUUUUCAGUGAGACUAUUCAGGAGGGCAGCGAGGAGGGUGUUUUUGGGGACCAGCUGCGGUUUAAAUCAGGGCUGGAAUAG